AUGCAGCUUGAGGAACAGGUGAGGAGAGAGUACCCAAGGUCAGAGGUGAAAGGUCACCCCCCCUCUACACCCCACGACCCCCCUCCUCUACUGGACCUUGACGCUCUACAGGUGGCACUGUCGAGGUUGGACCACGCGCCUCAGAAGGGGAAGGCGUUCAUUGGCCGGAGCGGCGCCCUCAGCCACCGACGGCCUCCGUCCAGAAGCUCCCGUGGUUCCAGGCGAUCCUCUGCAGACAGUCUUCACUUGGUAGUUGACCAGCAGGCUCUCGAGGCCGACCUGGUCAUCCCGAGGGUGGUCAACGUCGAGGUGCAACUUGAGAGUGAUGGUCACAAGGAUUGUCAGCGAGAGAAGCGCUUAAACUGUGAGAACAUAGCAAGGAACUUGAGGGUAUACAGUCAGAGCUUCAGAGAAGAGUUGACAGAUACUCUGAAGGCAAAUCACACACAACAUACAAAUAAAGAAGAAAAGAAAAAGUCAAGUGGUCUAGAUGCAAAGCACGAGAUAAGGAGGAAACUCUUUGAGAAUCGCUACAGGAGAUCUGGCACCUCUGUAGGGGGAUCAAACCCAUUGUUGAACAACUCUUCAUCAGAGGCAGAAGAGUCAUUUAGAAGGAUUAAGGAGGAAGUUGCUCGUCUUGCAGCAAAGAGGAGGUCCUCAAGUGAUAUUAGUGACUCUAGAACUUCCAGUGAUUACUCUUACUCAUACAACUCUGCGCAAGAGGACCAGAAAAACGAUGCGAGACAGUGGAGUGAGGAGAGGGACUCGGUGUUUGAUUCCGCAAGUGUUGCAUUAGAGAAAAGCCCAGAGGAGAACAGGUCAUCCUCGGAGGCAGAAGUAGUGAUCAGUGACCGUGAGAGCAUCGCAGACUCUGGCCUGGUGAACAGACGAACUGUCAUCACUAUCAAUGGGAAGAAGAGUAAAUCUGCCUCUUGUCUUACCCAAGGGAAUUCGACGCCUCUCUGGAUCAGAGACCUACAGACAAGACGAUCUCUGAGAGAAACGGAACCAACCCAAUCCAGGUUAGUCCCUGUUCAGAUAGAUACAGAGUUUGAAGGGGGUAUAAAUGUGUGCAUUGUGAGCCAGGCAGAACAAAACCGCAAGGACAGUACAUCGCGUAUGUAUGUCCGCCAAAGCGAUUCAGAAAACAGACCUUCGAGAGCAAGUGCCUUUAACGUCAGAAGAACUAUAGAGAAGCGCCAAAUUCAACAAGAGAGACGUGAAAGAAGAGCUCUUAGGGAGAAAGUAAGAGAGCAGCUGAGGAGCCUUUCUGAAAGCCGUGAACGUCGAGAUUCCUCAGGCUCACAUGGAUCCUCUGUUCACCUCAGUCAAAAUUCGGUGCGGUCGAAGUCUAUGAGUUCUCUAGAUCAAGAUCAGGACGAUUUUAGAAGCGAAUCUCCCUUGUUCAAGGUCCAGUCUAGCCCGACGUUGGAAAAAGAAAAAGAGGAAGUAAGAAGUUACCUGUUCGGAGGGUCCAACCUCACUGAGAGUGAAGAUUGUUGCCCUGAUAUGUCCCCAGCCUGCCGGGGCGAGACUCAACUGAUCAGGAGUAACGCUGCGGAAUGCGAUAAGCUUCACCAGGUUCAGGAGAAGCACAAGACUUACUACAUUGAGCGACCUGAAACUUGGCAGUGGACACAAUCGUGGGACUCACUCAAGACAGACCAAGAGGACAUUAAUGAAAGUAACUGUCGGAAAGUUAGUAAGUCAGUUGAUUCAGUUAAGGCACCAUCUGAUAUCAGUAGUCGACACUCGGGUCAAUCAAGCAUCUUCGAGCAAGAUUCAUCAAACACAUCUUGGCAGGAGUACAAGUGUCGCCAUACAAAACAAGGGACACGGCUCUUAUCUUCAGUGCUAAAUAAUCAUCCUGACAGCCUUGAGAGUACAAAGUCGUGCCCUCCAGACGCGUUGACACCUGGUCUUACCACAGCCACUGAGAGGGACACAUUGCCACUUGUGCCGGAGCAGCUUUCCUCCAGCACACAACCAAUCCCACCUCCGCGGAGGAAUAGGUUAAGUCUGUCAGCUGGACAAAUCACACUGGAGGAGGAGGACAAGCCCAACUGGAUCCGACUGGCAAAGGAACGACGGAGUCUACGGACAGCUCGUCAAGUGGACCAGCUGUCUGAUAGAGCCUCGACCGCCAGUAAGGAGCCAGAGUGGGUCGCCAGGGCUCGUAAGAAGCUUGAGUUAUUAAAUGUGACCCUCACAAGCACGACUGAUUUUAACUGUGAUAGUUCCUGUGUCACAGAAUCUUCUUCAGCGUGGAGUCGAGGUGGCUUAGAUGCUCUUGAUGAUCUAAGAGAGGAAGCAUCUCGCAUUGGGGAAGAGCUGGCCGAGGAAGCAAUUGCCAGAGUUAACGAGGACUUGGGGCUUCACAAAGAUUCAAGCAGGAUGUUAGAGCAUAAUACAGAACGCUCACGGGAGCCCUCUGCUGAGAGGCCCCGAGUGUCAUUUGAGACUUCAAGUGAAGCCUCUGAGGGGGAUUCCAACAGAAAGAUGCGCAUUAGAAAGCCUCAGAAAGACGAAGUUCGCUUUGGUGAUCUAAAACAUGACUGGGGUGGUGCACAAACGAAAGCUUCUAAGAUCAGUAAUGGUAAACAAAAAGAAAUGCGCUUUGGUGAGAUCCAGGUGAAGGAAACAUUGCCCGAUCCUUCCGAGAAGACGAAGGAAAUGAGGUUUGGUGAUUACGUUACGACUACAUCAUCCCAGAAAACUCAAAAUAACCCUAGUUCCCCAAAUGGCAGCCGUCCUGUGAUGCGAUUUGGGGACACCCCGCUCAAUCUCUUCCCCAUGUCUGAGCCCAAAGGCCCAAAGAGUAGCUCAAAGUUUGAGUCAAUAGCUGGCCCAGACCCGACCAAGAUGACGGCAGAGCAACUGAACCAAAACGUCGAGGAGUACGACUUCCCGAUUCCAACAGGGAAAGAAGAUGCUUCCGAGCUGAUGAGGUUCCUCGAGGAGAGUCUGAAGAGAACAGAAGUUGUCCCAGAAGUUGUCAGCUUGGAAGACCACCGUCCAAAGCCGAAGAGCAUCCUGAAGAGGCGGUCUGUGGAGAACGUCCUACACGAGCUCAAGAAGGAGGAGAGGAGCGAAGGGCUCCAAAAGGUAGAGCACCGGAAGAGCGCGUCCUUUGACUGGGACUCCGUAGGUAAGGGAGCUGAUGCAGGCUUGGACAUUGGUCACAUCAGAAAUACUGGACACAGACUGAGCAGGGAACACCCUAAGCCACACACAGACAUGCCCCAUGUAGUCAAACCACAGCCACAACACUUCCAUAGUCAACACACAACACCCACCACCACAGCCACCACCGCGACUAACGGCAGCAGCUUCUUUAAUGUCAAACUACGGCAUGUGUCUUCUAACAAACGUGAUCUAGCAGUAACUAAUGAUAUGCUUCGCUUCCACUCAGAACACUCACUACACAGACGGCCGCAAGGCUCCCACUUCAACACAGAGAGACACAGUGGGGACUUUACCUCUCUCAACACCUUCACUAGCACCCGCGAGAUCCGUCUGCAGCAGCCUCGAAGGAUCUCCACCGGAGGUGACAGCCACGGGUCAUCCUCAGCGUCAAGCCAGGAGUCCCUCUCGGACUCUCUGGGAAACCUGGGCAACACAGAGGGAGACAGAGCCAUUAGUGAGGUUCUGGAUGACCUACAUCACUGCUGUGAGAACAAGAUGACUUUGAGGAAGCUGAGCACGACAGGAGCUUCAAGAGAGGACGAAGGCGACUACAGCAAUAACAGAGGGAACAACACAACAGACAAGAAUGAUGAGAAUCGACAUGAGUUUGUUCCCAGAUCAACAACGACGGUCACCACCUCCAACAGCAGGAAGUCAGCGACGGUGGGCAGCAAGAGUGUGAGGGAACUGCUACAGAGGGUCCAAGAACCUUCAUCAACAUCUUGGGGAACCUGUAGGAGUGGACGCGGCUUGACUACCUCAGAGCCAUCAGAUGACACUAUCCUGCUCGAUGACUCUCUUCCUCUUGUUGUUACUGGCACUGUUGCUGCUCCCACUGCUACUGUUGCUGCUGCCACGGGUGUUGAAGUGGGUGACAACACUUUCUCCAAGACCAGGAGCUCAGCAUCCCCACAACACACUUGUAGCACAGCAGUGACCCUCAACCACCACCCACCACACCAUCUCUGCGACUCGCUUGCCGUAUGCUCCCUCCGGAACAUCCAUCAUCCCCAGGACCAAAUAACAUCCAUCAUCCUCCCUAACAACCGGAGUGUCAUUAAUCAUGCCAACCUUUCUGGUGGUAAUGAGAGCACCAAUGGACGAUGGCAUGAACCCCACUCAGAUGAGGAGUCGCAGAAGUUCAACUCUGGCAAAAAAUCGCAGGAAUUACCAAGAAAAAGUGAAGAACUAGUGAAGGAAGGAACCGAGAAAGGAAGAAGUGAGGAUGAAGAAGAAGAUACGACACAGGAUGAAGACAUUGUUACACUGGAGUCCACUCUCACCAACCCCCUCAACACCCACCGUGGUACAACACAAUACCCCACACUCGCAACACACCCAGCUUACCAUGCUUCUUAUCUACUCUCCCCUGUAGUGGUACAGUCACUCACUCUCACAGAAGAGAAGCAGCAGCACCCCAACAGCCCCACCCUCAUCACUACUACAGCAGCACCACCAUCACCACCACCAGCACCAGCCUCCUCCACCACUUCCCCCUCGGCUCAGCAAGACAUCAGGAGGAACGACUCUUCCUCCUCCACGUCCUCCCAAAACAGAGAUGUUGAAGAUGUCUCCAGAAGCGGAAACACCACCCUCAUCUCCCACCAUCAGGAGGGCCGAAGUUUACUCCCCUCGCAUUUCCAGGACAGCCUCACCCAAUUCCCCUCGCAUCAGCAGGAAAACUAUAAUGCACUCACCCCGCACCAGCAAGAAAACAAUGCCACAUUCUCCUCUCAUCAGCAAGAAAGCCACACCACUUUCUCCUCGCAUCAGCAAGAAAGCCACACCACUUUCUCCUCGCAUCAACAAGAAAUCCAUGCCCCAUUCAACGUACAUCAGGGGAGCCAUGUCCCCUUCCCCUCGCACACCAAGAAGGAGGGAACCCGGAAUUCACCAGCCAAGGUCUUCAGCUUCACCUUCAGUGCAGACCAGAAGACCCGACCAGAGACCAGCUUCACAGAGCUUGAAGAGGACUCACUAAUUCGCCAGAAGACACAGAAGGAGGCAGAGAACACAAGGAGAACAGAGGGGAUGACAACUUUUACCAUCAUAACAAACCCAAAUGACAUUCACAAGCAUAAUGCUCCAUGUGAGAGAGCGAGUCUUAACGGCCAUGCUAUUACACCGAUGGUGUCUCGUGUGCAGUUAAAUAAAUCCAAGUCAAAUAAAAUUAAUAUUCAGAAUGAUAGAUCAAAUGAACAAACUUCCAAAAUUAAUGAUUAUCCAAUUAGACCCUUACGAAUGAAGCUGGUUACUCAGAGCUUGGCCAGUGAGGGGGAGAGAAGAAAAUGUGAAGACAAGAGUGCUGAGGGCACCUCCAAGCACAGAGCUCAUCAAGUGACAGUGGAGGUUGUGAAUGACGAAGAUCAACGUAAAUCAUUAAAAAAGAAAGAAGAGAAAAGAAGAAGCAGUUUGCUAGAAUGGGAAGCCUUACAAAGACAAAGACUGGAAGAUGAGGAGAAAAAUCGCAUCAAUAAGAAUUUAUCCAUGAAGCCUGUUUCGGUGAAAAUCAAGGAACUUGUCAAAAUGCAUGGAAGCUUUAUGUCUAUGUUUAGUAAGGAUAAAAAAACAGAUAUCAAUGGUACAGUUGAUGGCAAAGAUGACAUUGUUUUCAGAAAAGUCCCCUCAGAAAAUCUGCAUUUGGAGCAAGAAAAUGAGUCAAUCAAGGAUAUUGCUGUCCCCAUGAAGUCACCGUACAUUGUUAAAAAGCUGCUCUCUCCUACCAAAAGCACAAGUUCCUAUGAAGAGUCUCAACGUACGAGUCGUCGAGAUUCAUCAAAAUCUCAUUCUCCAACCCACAGAGUCAGUUCUGCCUCAAGGAGAGACAACUCAAAGUCUCGCUCCUCAUCAGAGGUUAAGGAGCAUACAUCUCCUAGGAUCCUCACGGAAAGCAACUGGAAGACAUCGGCAACAAAUAGGGCAACAUCCACCUCUGCCUCCUCCAGCCCUCAGAAGCUUCGGCUGUCCAGCUCCCCAUCAAGGAGAAAGGCCUCACAUAUGCCCUCAUCUCCAGAUAAAUCAGAUAAUAAAGAAAAAGAUACACAGUUGAAGUAUGGCGAUACUUAUUCAGCAGAGUCUCGUGCCUCUGACAUUAAACAGCGGUCACGAGAUACAAAUGAUUCAUCCAAAUCUUCUAAAAAGGUAUCACCUCCAAUUCCACCCAAACCAUUAAAUCUCCAUGAAAAGUCUCAAGCAUAUCCAUCGCCAUACUUAGAGAUGAAAAGAGAAUCGGCCAUUCAUGAGGAAGAUAAUGAAAAGAAUAUUUCUCAAAUGCCCUCUUGUUAUGAGAAGUGUGUAAAUGAAGGCAGGUCUAGCAUCAAGGACCCCAAAAAUAGAAAGGAAUGGCUGAAUAAAAUGCUCAAUUCAAUAACUUCAGACCACACUCUGGCCCAAGACAUAAGGGAUCCAUCUGAAAUACCAACACCUCUUUUAAACCCGUCAAAAUUAUGUACAAGUACAAAUAUAUGUUAUGAUAGUGUAUAUCCUGAAGACGAUCGAGGUGGAAAGUUGCAAGACCUUAAGAGUCCUGUUCCCCCUGCCAGAAAAAAUUCGAAAACCAUGCUUUACUCAACUCCAAAAUAUCCACCUUGCUCCAACACUCCCUCCCCUUUGCUUUCAUCAUCUAGCAUAUCAGUAACACCAAUAAAAUUAGCUAUAUCAUCCAAGCUCUUCUCCCAAACUUUUACAAAGGCACCUGACAACUUUAACAUGACCUGUUCCUCCAAGUCAAAUGCAUCUUAUCCAUCUACUCCAACAUCAAUGAGGUCUUCAGUCAGAGAAGCCCUCCAAUCUGAUCAAUCAUAUGCAAUUAAUGGUAGGCGAGGACCAGUCAGUCUUUCCUCCAUUUUGGGCGACGGUUCAUCAAGGUCAUCAUCAGUGACUUCCACUCCAUUGGCAUCUCCGAGGGCAUCUCCAGAGAGGGUCAUCAAGAGAGAUUCUCUUGAGUUACCAUCAAAGCUUGAUGUGAUUCUUGAGCCCAGCUGCAGGGAUGUACAAACUGCAUCUCUGCCUGGUGAAGAGCAAAAAGAAAACAUUGCACCUUCCCCCAGUACAAAGAGGAUUAAAGAAUAUAAAGAACAGGAUUAUGAGGAGAAGGAGGAGGAGGAUUGCUCAAGUACUCCUUUAACCUCUCCUUACAGAUCCUCACUAACAUUUAAAAACAGAAGUGGAGAGAGAAGUAAAGGAUUCAAUGAUGAAGAAAUGAAUCCUCGGAAGGAAACGAAGAACUCAUGGCAUACAUCAGUACACAAACCCUUUAAUUUAAUCAAACCUUCUGUGACCCUGAAAACAAUGACUUCUGGUAUUGAUCCAAAGAGGGUUGCCACAAGUAUACCAUCACCUUCACAUAGGGACGACAGUCUUCAAACCACGUACCUGAUGACAUGCAAAAUCUCCUCCCUGCAUGACAACAGCAACAAAAGAUACCUCCCAGACAAAAGUAAACCCACUUUAGAUAAAUCAGAAUGUAGUGAAAAUACAGAGCCUUCCACAUCACGAAUCUCUCAUGAGAGACCUUCUUUAACAGUUAGACUUCCUGAGUUGUCACCCAAAGUUGCUACAGUGAUGAGCAGUUCUCUAGGUACAAGUGAGGGAAGAAGAGUAUCCUCUCAAAUGUAUGAACCUUACUUGUCAAGGAAUUCCAGAGAAACAUCAUCACUGAGGUCAAGGGAACCAUCAGAGAGAUCAACACCAGACAGGGACUCUAGACCAGUUUCUUUAUCUAGCAUCUUGUCCAAAGACAGGGGCUCUAAAGACUCCAUAGUUGAGGAACUGUCCAAUAAUUUUCAGUUCUCACCAGAGCUCUCUUUUUCUGAAGAAUUAAAUAAUAUAACUCACAAAUAUUGUAAAGACAUGGCAGUCCAACGAUCAUCAUCAGAGACUACUGUCAUUGACACCUCGGGCAACAAAUUAGCACUAAUCUCUCAUUACGACAGUGAUGAUGUGUUUGACAAUGACUCCACUACAGAUAGGGGAGACAAAACCAGAGAAACCAGUUUAGAGCCAGAGUCUAAAGAAUCCUCACCAAUUCGAGAAAUCAAAGGUGGAAAAAGCAUAAAAAAUAAGAAGGAAAAGUUACCAGAAAGAAGAAAAUCAAGGGAAGCAUCAUCAAACUUAUCUGCGCCAAAGGGCCUGCCAAAGACUUCUACAAACCCCAGUAAGUCAAAGAACCGUAUUGUCCAUAGGAACUCUAGUCUUAAAAGGAAUCGUCCUGAAGAUCCAGGAGGGUCUUUAAGAAACAAAAAAGACAGAAAGGUGUCUAGAGAUGACUCGGCAGACCUAAAAGAUGAAACCAUAGUGCAGAAUGAUGCAGGCUGGACCAAGACAAAGACCACAGUCAGAAGAGCCAGGCUGGGGUCUACAGAGAAGGCACGGCAGAUAGUUCGAACUAACAGUGGCAAAACAAGGAAGGAGAAAACAUUCAAGGCUAAUGCGUCCAAGGCACUAGAAGACUGGGCAGCAGGCACCACAGUUCAAGGAAAGCUUAUGAAAAAGGAAGGGCAGAAGUUUAGCCACGAGACGGAAGAAGAGGUGAAGGGAGGACAACGCAGCAGCAAGAGUGUCACGAGGCGAGUGGUGAGAAGAGGGUCCCGCAGAAUGUCUGGUGGGGGUGAACUCCUCACACAGACGAAAGAAACUUCAUCUACAGGUGCAACCAAGGACGAAAUAGGUGCAAGCCGUGGUGGGCGUCGACAAGAAAAGAAGGGCGAGAGGCAGGUGAAGCAGCAGAAUGGCCCUGGGUCAGGGGCUGUUGUGUCAGUUUUAGACAAUGGACUCUCACGCAGGAUGAAGACAUCUACAGAUGGGGAGCGGUACAUGACACAGUCCGUGUCUGACAAGGAUGGCAAGACUACGUACACCACUGAGGGUGUCAACAAUAAGACCACCAACUCUCUUGAAGUCAUUGGAGGCGAGGACUUCAAUGCCAAGCGGGAGGUGCAAGGGCGAACUGGGCAUCGAGUGGUAGUGGAACGGACAAAGGAUAGCCAAGGACGACCCUCUACAGUUGUGAAGAAGAUCACUUCUCAGUCCAGGGUUGUUAUAACUAAAACAAAACGGAAAUCACCUUCAGUGGUGUAACUCGGACAAAAAAUACAAGCCUGCAACGUGGACCUUCUUCCACCUCUGCCUACUCGUAAAGAGAUGGUUUCAACUCUGACCCUUCCCUAUCUGCCAGCUCUCACACAGGUGACUACAGCUCUGGCCCACCCCCAUCAUCUCCACAACUGUCCAAAACCUGGAAAUCAAAUUCCUCGAUGUCUGAUCAGAUCUGAUGUUAAUUAGAUGGUGUUUUGUGCUUGAUGAAGAAAUGUAUAUUAUGUUGAAGCUUCAUUACCACUUACACAUUUAUGUACUAUACAGUAAACAUUCAUUAAGAUAUGCAUGUUCUGUAUGUAAACUAUGGUACAAGGUGUCCCAGAAUUCUAAAACCACAGGACUAUAAUUAAGACAAAAUUGCCGAAUGGACAAAUCCACAAGGGCCGUGACGAGGAUUCGAACCUGUGUCCGGGAGCAUCCCAGACACUGCCUUAAUCGACAGUGUCUGGGAUGCUCCCGGACGCAGGUUCGAAUCCUCGUCACGGCCCUUGUGGAUUUGUUCACUUGAUGCACCACGUUAGUGUGAUUUCUGUGUGUAAUUGCCGAAUGGACUUUUGGGAGGUGUUUGAAUAAUGAGGAAGGAUGUUAGUGCAUAUACACACUGCCUGGAUGCAGUGUAGCAAGAUGCAAUCUUAUAACAAGAGAAUAACCUGGUACAAACAACUACAAUAAACAGAUAUAAAUCUUAAGUCACAGAAAUAUUGCAAUACUAAAUCCAUUGUAGAUUUUGUUGCAUUUCCUAUACAGGUAUUGUAUACAAUGCCGCCAGGGGAUGCCAUCCUCGAUGUUGAGGGGGUGUUCCUGUAGUAGCUGGGUUGCAACUUACAAACUUUAAUCCUAACCUACUAAUUCUUGGAUUAUAGUGCAUUUAUUUCCUACUAGUCUGUGAUAUUAUGCCAUGUGUACUGAUGCUCACUAUUUGUCUUAAUAUUAAUGGGAUUUGUCUCGCAUUUGGUUUGCAUUUAUGAUGUUACUCUCAGUACACAUUACUCACAAGUGCUCAUUGUUUUGUACUCUUUGUAAUACAUAUUGAUGUGCUAAUGUCUGAUGUAUGGUUGCAGAAUGUAAAUACUGUAUUUUGCUUUUGUACUUUUCUAUGAGUUUUUGUUGUCAUUAAAGAAGAUUAGUUCUUCUUUUCCCUCUGUAUUAUCUCCAUUGCUCCAUACCCUCCAUUGUGAUCUCGAACUAUUCCUCGGUGUCGUGAAACAUGCAACUCUGACCUUCAUGUUCCGACUCCAUAAAAGUGAUUCCUACCUGUUGUAAACCUCAGAUGGCAUCCUUGGUAAAGCUCAUUAGUAUAUAGUUUGCUUUGUAAUAGCUAUAUGCUGUUUACAUCAACUGAGUUGGCUGCUAUAAUUUUUCCGUAUGAGACUACAUACCUUUGUCUCAAGAUAUUUCCUAGCUGUCUGAGGUGUUUUAAUGGAUUACUGUAUUUUAAUUUUCUGUAGGUACAUGUACUGUUUUACUGACAAUGAUAGCAUUUAAAAUAAACUCGUAUUUAAUAAA